GGGUCGCGCAGCGGUUCGGAUGUCGGCGGAGGCAGCCACGCGCGUCAGUUGUUCAUGCUGGUCGGCUGACAUAAACCGGUAGCCACACCUCCCGCCGGGGAAAAAAAAAAAAAAAAAAAUAACCGUCUGACGAGUGUGCGCGCUACCAAAACUGUAAACAAAGCACAGCGAACUCAGUCUUUUUUUGCUCUCUCUCUCUCCAUUGUGCCGUCUCGAACAAGUGCUAACGAUUUUCUUGCUUUGAUUUAUUAAAUUCAAAAUCGCAGUCCGUUACCUACUACAUCAUUGCGAACUCUCCAUUUACAUGUUAGCCUGAGAAAAAAUGCUCUCAACAUGGAUUUUGUUUUACAUCACUGGCGGCGCAGUUAGCGGCAGUCGGCGCUGAGCUGACGUCGCGUCGUCGCCCCCCGGGGGGGUCCCGCCCGUCCAGCCACCCUGCCGCGGGCAUGCGGCCGGCGGGUCGCCGACGACUCCCCGCGCCGCCUCGCUCGCCCUCUCAGCUGGUGAUGGUCUGUCCGAGGACGCGCCGGCUUCCGACUGGCUUCCCGGGGAUCGGCGGUUCCCGCCCGCGUCUCUGUGACUGAGGUGAUGGUUUGCUUGGAGACGAGCCGGUUUCCUACAGGCUUCCUGGGGAUCGCCGAUUCCCACCCGCGACUCUGUGACUGAGGCGGCGAGCAUGUCGGGGCUGCAGCCCGGCCAGCUCGUGCCCACGGCGAGGACGCACAACGCGACCACCGCCCCCGGGGGCGGCGGAGGCGGCGGUGAAGGCGGCGUGGCGGGCGUGCCCACCGCGGGCGAGCGCUGCGCCUACGUCGACUACAACUACGACGUGGCGACCGCCGUCAUCUGCGGCAUGUACCUGGUCUUCGGCGUCGUCUACAGCCUCUUCGGUUAUCGCUGUUUCAAGGCUGUCAUGUUUCUCACCGGCUUCAUUUUUGGAUCCAUCAUUGUUUACCUGAUAUGUCUCCAGGAGAAACUGCUACCAGCUUAUGGAAAUGCCGGCGUGGCGCUGGGCGCGGGCGUGCUGUUCGGCCUGAUCACCAUGCUGGUGCAGUACGUGGGGCUGUUCAUGACGGGCUUCCACACGGGCCUCUUCCUGGCCGUCAUCUCGCUCGGCGUGGCCGAGACCUUCUGCUGGCAGCCUUCCUCCGUGUGGGCCACCGCCGGCGUGCUGCUGGGAGGGGGUUUGCUGUUCGCCAUCCUCAACCUCUACUGGCAGAAAGGGCUGACGGUGAUCGGCACCAGCGUGUACGGCGGCGCCAUCAUGGCCGGGGCGCUCGACUACUUCGUGGAGAAGUUCCUGAUGGUGAAGUGGGUGUGGGACCGCGUGGCGCUGCGCGACAGCGGCCCGCCCUGCUGGUUCAGCUGGCUCAUCCUGUCCGUGUGGCCCUUCAUGAUCCUGGUCGGCAUGGCGACCCAGUGGGCCGUCACCGGCCGCGGCAUCUACCACCAGGAGCUGCCGUCCAAGAAGUCCCGCACCAUCAACCUGCAGAGAGUGCGCACUCGCGAGCAGAGGGCGGAGCUCCGCCAGAAGAAGUACCGGUACCUCUACCAAGUGCGCACGGCGCACGGGGACGUGAUCAGUCAGAGCUACGUGCAGGCGCUGCAGCGCAAGGUGUGCGGGCCCGGGGAGACCAGCACGCUGCAGUCCGACUCCACGCACCUCACCAUCCUGCCCGCCGACCAGACCCAGCUCGCCGCGCUCACAGAGUCGGAGGACGAGAGCCGCGAGAUCUCUGGCGACGUCAUCCAGCUGGACCGGCGGCAGGGCAGCAGCCGCGAGUCCGUGGACUUCAACCUGGGCCGGCCGCCGUACCGAUAGUGUCUCCCCGUCCCUCGUGUGGUUGCAGGAAAACUACCGUGUGUAAAAAGCUUGAACAUCUCAUUUUGAAGACUGAAGAACAAUCUGAAAACCGGGACAUAAUCUGCUUAGUGAGAGAUGAGCGAAAAAGAGCGGGGGGAAAAAUGCAACAGAAUGCUGUUGAAUAUAGACCCAAAGGGGCAUGUUUCAAAAAUGUAAAAUGUUAUUUGCUAUUUUUUAGAUGCCAAAGAUACCACAAAAGACUCUAGCCAAACAUCUUGAUGUUGAAGAUGAUAGUUUAAUAAUGAAAUUCAAAGCAUUCAUUCUUUAACAGUUUUACACAAGUGGCUUGCUUACUGUUCAGGGUGGUUGCAUGCAGUUUUAUACCGACUAUGGCACUGAAAUUGCAAUCAUGUUGGUUCAUAAAGGACUUGCUGAAAAUAUGAAUUAACCUGAACAGUGUUAUUAAUAUGCCUACAGGCAACAGAAUUUUUGUUUUUUGUAGAAAUCAAAUACAUACUAUGUAGUUUGUUUAAAAUUUCAAGAUAUAGCAUCACUGCAACAUAUGUGUGUAUUGAGAUAUAUCCAUACUAGAUAAAACUACAGAAGCUUUUUCUUUACUGGUCAAUAUGCACUCAGUCAGCUCACGUAAAAAUACUACGUACUUUUGUGAGUACAAAAUAAAAUGCUAAAUACAUACAAACAUGCUAUUUUGAAACUGAACAGUACAUGAAAUUUCUCUGAUGUACCAAAAUGAUAAAAUUUUAUGACAGUUAACUGAUUGCUUUUAUUAUUUGUAAAUAGUUGUAAUUUUUAUGGUCAAGAAAAGUCUUUUUAGGUUUAGUUACUGGUAAGGCAUUAAAAUACUAUGCUUUUUUUUUCUUUCUAUUUUAAGUUUUAAGUAAUAGAAUCAGAUCUUAUAAACCAGCAUACAUAAAUUUCAUUUGUCUUUCCACGAGUUCAUUGAGUAACAUAAAAAUAAAGGUGUUAAAACAAACUUACCGCUUCGCCUGAAGUAAAACUACAAAUUGUUUAAAAGACAUGAAUAUAAACUACAUAUAUUGUUGUAACCAUAUCAUAUAGUAUAAAAAAAAAGUGAGAUUAUGUGCUACAAAAGACCAAUUAAAUAGUAUUAGGAUGCAAAGCAAAGCAAGAAAUCAUCACUUUUACAAAUUUUCAUUGAACCUGAAAUUCCCAGCCAGCAUUUUUUUUUAUAGAUUGUCAAUAUUUAGUUCUUUGAAGUUGGCAGUCUGACCAGCAAAAUGUCAAGCAGCAAGACUGGCACUAAUGUAAGUUAAUUCUACUACCGGUGAGGAAAAAAACUUGUUUCAUAACUACUCCAGAGAGUUGUUUACUUCCUAUAACGUAACUGUAAGUGUGCUGUCAACAUUUGUUUUUAUGCAUAUGCAAUUUGAAUAAUGAAUAAAUAAUCAAUUGCUAUCGUUGCCGUGACAAGCUAAAGUGAUAGAAAUCACCAUUUUAGGCUCUAAAGCGACAAAAUGUGUGUCAAUGCUAAGACCCCAAAAUAAUCUGAAGAUUUGGGGUAUAAAUUUACAGAAAUAAAAUAAGGUUUAUCAUGAAUUCACACACUGUACAAAUCAAACCCUAAAGCCUUAAAAUGCCACUGUUUCGAAUACACGUUUAACAUUUAUGUACAGUUACAAAUGUACAUGAAAAAUGCAGAUGGAUCUAAAUUUUUUCGUAGGCACUAAAAUUAUGCUGUUAGCAUUAUUUGAAUACCAGGGUGAUUGUUUUAAUUUUUAUUAGGGAUGGGUCAAUCAAAUGCUCAAAUACCAUUAAAUCCUUAGUAGGUAUUUGAAUGAUUCAAUAUUCAAAGAAAAAUAUGAAAGAAAAUGAUGUAAAUAAAAAAAUUCAGCAGUAAUAACCUUUGAAGUAUAAUAAUUCUAUUUUUCUUUUACCUGAUAUGUUACCAUUACCCCCAAUAUUGUACUUUCAACAUAUAAUUAUAUAAAUAAACUUAAUAUGUUUUGGUUCUGUACACUUAGUUUGUGAAAUGACCAUUUCAAGGGUAGAAAGUUUCAACAGCAUAGCUUGUAUUUUUAAUUUAUUGUACAUUAUUUAAUUUUUCACUCUUGAGACCUAAAUUUGUAUUCGAGAAGUACAUUUUAGAAAAAGGGAUCUUACUCAUCACUAAUUUUUAGAAUUGGGACAACCACCCAAGAACAACAUUUUAUUGAUACACAUACUCAAUGCAGACAACGGUAACCAUGCAGGAAAAGCAUAUUCACAAGUCCUUGUGCACACUGCAACAGCAAACAAGUGAUGAAAUGUCACUGAAAAAGAUAUUUUUUAACCUGUGGUAGUGUUAACUUACUCAUGCCGACAACCAUACACACAAAUCAGUAAUAAAAUUUCUCUUAACUAAUUUUUAAAAAAAAAUAAUAAUUUACUAAUUUUUAAAUUUUCUGAAAGAAAUAAAGAAAAUCUAGCCUUCACCACGCCUACAGUUGGCCUAGUUCGCUCUUCACUUCUGUGUUUCAAGCAGAAUCUUGCCUACAACUCUAAGUGUGCACGACUGUACACUAACACACCAUCUAAAAUAAAUUCUUUCGUAGUCUGGUUAAAUGCACACUGAAUCAUUAUGUUUCAUCCUCAAGUUACCAUCACUGGGGUACUUCCAUGACUUUUCCAGGAUUUCAAGUAAAUUACCAGACUUUUCCUCGACUAAUUAAAAACUAAUAAUCGAUGUGGAUCAUCUGCGCAAGCUACGCAGCAGAAAAUGUUUGAGCCCAAUACUGAACAGCCUGUUCGUCAAUGCAACUGUCCAAAACGUGUCUCAUGGUUAGAGACCCGAAAAAUUCGCAGGUUCAAUGACCUCCAGGAUAGACUCCAAUAUCCUCUACACACUCGGGCAAAUGCCAACUGUUCAUUGGCUGCUGAGUUGUGAGUCGUUUCGACUGGGUGGCUGUGAUUCGACACUUCUAUGAGUGAGGGUCUCUAAUUGGCCCUCAGUCCUCCAGAUUAACAGUGAACCAAUGACAGAAGCAGCACUAAGGUAUAAUUAUUUGAAUUUUAGCAUAACACGAAAUAAACCCGCAAAUUUUUCGGGUCUCUACUCAUGUUGGAAGGCAGUUGGUGUGUUGUAGAGGUCAAUUACAUUCUCAAAGCAAUUUUUAAGUUCACAUUUCUAUGCAGUAAGUAUACAAUAUUUCUUUAGUAGUGGAUUUAAACAUUUUGUGUGUAUCAAGACCAUGUGGCCCUUGUUUACGUCAGCAGAUUUAAAAGAAAAGAAAAAUAAUUAUUUGAUUCCCCCUCAUGAAUAUUUUUAAUAUUCAAUUUGAUAUUCAUUUUGCAUCCAAAAACCAAUAUUAACAAAGACCCAAUAAAACUUAAAUUCACACCUUAUGUACUGCACUGAAAAGAGAUGGACUGCAUCAUGAACUCCGGGAAUGAGGUAAAAUUUAGUUGAUGAAAAUAUGAGAGACUCAUUUUACUCUAUGCCAACUCAUAGAUGUUUAUAGAGGUUUUUCUAGCAGCAAUGGUCUUUUUACUCUUUGUCAUUUGUAGCACAUUUUCAUUUUACACAUUCAGUAAGUUAUUAGAUUACAAAACCUUAAUUGUAGAACAAAGUGUUGUAACAAAACCAAAGAUUCUGAAUUCUGGUGUAAAUGUUUUACUUUGAACAAUACCAGAACAAAUUUGAAGCCAAAUGUGAUAAACGUAUGUCCAUCAAAACAUACACACAUGUGUAGAUGAAGCUGGUUCCUGUAUAGACAGUUGUUUACAUAAAUACUGAGCGUUGACUAUGACAGGUGGUUCACAAACGUAUGCAAGAACAAUGUAACUUUUCUUAAAUGUGGAUGCAUUGCAAGCGCUAUUUCAGUACAUAACUCAUACAGCAAGUAAAAUUCUUGAUCACAUUUCAUUGUAACCGGAAUCUAGGUUUGGAACAUUUAAUUGUCAUUUGUAUUUCUCAUGUAAAUAUAUGUUUAUUGAAAUAUUCAAAUACAGUUGUACCCAAACAUGUUUGAAAAAAGUUUAUAUGAGAAAAAUUGUUGGAAAAUAUUUAUCAGCCAGAAAGUUUAAAUUUUUAAAUUGUUUUCACAGUUACGAAAGUGAUAUUUUUAUGUAAUUUCAUCAGUAAGUGUACAUUUAUCACUGUAUCAGUGUUUGUUGGGAAAUACACUUAGCUUUUUAACUAACCUGGUUGUUAGAAAAUCAUAAUUAUGGACAUGGGAAGACAAUAAUCAUUUAUAUGAUGCUGUAUCCUGCACAAAAGUUCAUCCAUCGUGUUUGUGUUGAAUAAACUGUUUGGAACAAAAAAAAUGAAUAAAAAUAUUGAGAUAUAUCUUUCAAAUCCAUAGAAAAA